AUGGAAGCGAAACGUUGCUUCAAUUGUCGUCGUGUGAGCUACAAUCCCGAAGACUUCUGUCUCCACUUAAACCAACGACAGCCUUUGGAGGAAUAUAUAUCGUACAAUGGAUUAAAAGCUUUGUUUGGCGGGCAAAGGCCAAGCGUUUGUGCCGACUGCGUUUACGACAGGCUUCAAAAUUGCCAACGAUGUUCGCGAAAAGUGCCUUUGAGUUUGUAUAAUAUUGAAGAAUGGUUUAAAUCGACUACCGACCGAGUUUGUCUGGAAUGCAUGGCUAUUCAAGCAACACAAGUCGCUUUUCGUAACGGGCUUAUGCUUAAGGAUACCCUAAAUCAAUGCUUUCAAUGCUCUACGUUCAAAUCCAUCUAUUCGUUUCUGUCCAUCUGUCAUUUUAAACAGUUCGAUGUGGUCUGUCGCGAAUGCCACGUUCACAAAGACAUUCAGCGAUAUCAUAUCGAACUGAACGCCAGAUAUGCUCAAAACCUAAGCCUUUCGCCUGCCCUAACACAGGUCCAAGUAGAUCUAAAAGCUAUCGAUACUUUAGAGAAGCCUGUACUGUCUUAUGCGCGGGUUUUGACGGAUGGAUCAAAGCUUGAACAGGAUGAAACUCCAACCGAACAACCGGAUGUUUUGGAAUUGAAUUCCUCUCCAAAGGAAGCGCCCUCAUUUUUCCAGACUACUAUGGACGGUAUGCUAUAUUUAAUAUAAAGUACAUGAUUCUAUAUUCCCUAAGUACAUAAAUUUACUACAUUUUUUAAUAUUUCCUAGUAUUUUGUGGGAUAGGUUUUAAUUAGUCCAUGUAGUCAUGUUGGCAUUUUUUUGAAAGUAACACCUGCCAAAUGAAUAAUUUCUGAAUAGUUUGAAUGACAGCAGUCAUAUAAAAGCACAGGUGGUACAAUAUCCAGACACGGCAGGAGUCGAAGGCAAUAAUAUCGAAGCACAAUACACUGUCUGAUGUAUUGUGGAUAUUGACGUCACAGUGCAGAGUUUGUUGAUUUUCUCUUACUAGAACACUGCACUAAUAAAGGAUGACCCUUAUUCGACCACAAUGAUCCUGACUGGACCUUUAAGGAAGAACAGCUUAGAACUGAUAGAGCUAUCCAGUAUAAAUAAAGUUAGUUUAGUUUAGGUUUCCUCCUGCAGUAACACUGGAUCAAUAAGAGAUGAUCCUUACUGGACCUCUAGGUAGAACAGCUUAGAACUGAUAGAGCUAUCCAGUACAAAUAAAGUUAUUUUAGUUCAGGUUUCCUCCUGUAGUAACACUGGAUCAGUAAGAGAUGAUCCUUACUGGACCUCUAGGAAGAACAGUUUAGAACUGAUAGAACUAUGCAGUAUAAAUAAAGUUAGUUUAGUUUAGGUUUUCUCCUGUAGUAACACUGGGUCAAUAAGAGAUGAUCCUUACUGGACCUCUAGGAAGAACAGUUCAGAAAUCAUAGUGCUACCCAGUAUAAAUAUUUAAAGUUAGUUUAAUUAGGCCAUAUUUGCACCCUGUGCCUGACCUUCUUACAAUGUAUCUUACUCUGUCUAAUGGCAGACAACUUUACUUGUCAAGGAGAAAGCACAUCAAUGGGUUAAUUUGUACAUUUCUUUAUUCAGUGGGCAUCUGUAGGAUGGUGUUAGAUGCAUUUAAGCAAUCACUUUAUGAACUCGAGGGCAAAACAAGACUGGAACUGAAGAUCCUUCAUCAAGAUCCCAAUUUCUGGCAGGUUGUGCUCCGCAGCAAGCUCAUACAAAUGUCCCAGAAAUUCUCGAGCCAGGCGACCAGCCGCACUUCGUUCCAGGAAGCCGAGAUACGGUCGGCGUACAUGGGCACGUAUUGUUGUUCUCAUGCAAGUUUGGUGCAAGCUGCUGUGAAGUCAGGAUGCUUUCCUCCAUUGUCUGAGUUUAUUCAAACUGCCAAUGAAUCUAAGAGGUAUGUUACAGAUUCGGUUCAUUGUCAUGUGUGUAUUGUUUUUUUCUCCCAACCAACCAAUAGCAGUGUGUUGGUUAACCAACCAGGUUUCCCGUACUCAGGUUUCCAUGCGUAGUUACCCAGGACCAAUAUUAGGUCGUCAUUUUGGCAUGUAAGUGUCCGAGAUAGUUCUGUUGUUUCAUGAAGUUUAUUCCUCUAGAGCACUUCAUGUGUGUUGUAUCGGUGCUGGCCCAGGAAGCGAAGUCCUAGGCUUACAUGAAGUACUGCCCAAAGACACUCAUUGGUACCUCAUGGACAGCUGUGAACAGUGGUCACAUUCAGCUCAGUUGCUGCUGCGGAAUAUUCCUGGAAUUAAGUUUAACUACGGUGCUUUCGAUAUCACAGCAAGGUUCCAUCCAGCUCAUGUCUUUAGGAAGGUCAGUUUUGCCAUUUGUCAUGAAUGCUUUUAUUGUAUGUUCUGCCUUUUGAUGCCCAUUUAAAAUAGAGAACAAUCACCUGCCUUUCGGCAAGCAUUUAAGCUAGAGAACAAUCACCAUUAACUCUUAAGUCGCAGGCUGUAGCAAACUUUCCACCCCCCUAAGUCGUGAGGAAGAGGUUAUUUUGCAGGCCUCAGAAUGACAAAACGUAACAAAGCAACGAUUUUACUAACACUAACCCUAUUCCAAACACCAACUCUAACCCUAAUCCGUACCCUAACCCUACCCUAACCCUACUCUAACCCUACUCCAAGUUUGUUUCUAAACCAAUCUUGAAGAAAAAAGUUUUGAUGAACUGUCAUUCUGAGGUCAGGGAAAUAGUAAUAUAUACCAAGUCGCGAGCAAUAUGGCGAAUCUUCAUUAAAUUCAAAGGCAUUCACUGAAAUGGCAAUAACUCAGAAACAAUUUGAUAAAAUGUUCUGAUUUUUUUCAUCAAAGAAGAAUGAUAAAUGAUUGAUCGAUUUUAGUUUAAAUAAGCUCCCACACUUAAAUAUAUCAUUAGAUUUUUGGGUGAGAAUUAGAUACUUCUGAAAGAAGUAUCAACACAGCAAGAACUAUUCAUAACAGACUAGUCUUGAUAAGCACAAUCUAUAACAGCAAUGGUUUUGGCAACAAAUCAUGCCUGAUAUUUUACUGAAAAUUUGUCUAAUACCAUAGUUAUACACAUAAAUGGGUCAUCCAUCAAUGAAAGUACUGACAAUUUCUAAAUUUGUUUCUUAUAUUCUUAGGCAACUCUAUAUGCAUUUGUCAAGUUUGUUUCUGCCAUUCAUUUCCUGAAGAAAUCCACAACUCGUUUUCGGGAAUUACUGAGACUGACGCCAGCUGGCUCCAUGUUUUUGUUUGUCGACAACGCCCACCACAGCGUCACGAGGUUCAUUGAAAACCUCGUCUUCCCCGACGGUGUUUACGAGGAACGCAAGUCGUGCAGAGAGAACGCCUUCUAUGCGCUGUACACGUGCUAUGCCGAGCUACACCCAACAGAAGAAAGCAUGAAGUCGCCUUAUGUUGCAGAACUUGUCAGUCUCAUUAAAUACUGGCUCGACAGGUCUCCACUCCUGGACUUUCAUGUUAACGUUUUCCUCCUUGUGAAGAAAGCAAAACCCGUUGUGUGCAAAUCUAAUCCAGUUUCAGAGAAAUCUUGA